AUAUCCUAAUAAUCAGCCCUCCGGUUGCUUAUACAUGUUAAAAUUGCUAUCCAACUAUCCAUGUCCCUACUACGCAGAUAUUGUAAAAUUGUUUCAUACAAAAACACAUAAGUGCAAAUACACGUUUGGCCACUAUGUAUAUACAGGGUGUAUAAAAAUUAUAUCUUUGCAGAGAACACUGCAGUAUAAUCACUAUAAUCUUGAAACACCCUGUACAUAAUUAUAUGAAUCUGAAGUUAGCCCCUUUAAAAUUACGUAUUUUCUUUGUGUGCGCGCGAAAUCGGUCCGGAAUCCAUUGACUUAUUUAUACCAUAAGAGCAUGAAGUUAGUUACUAACUACUAGCUAAUCAUUUUAUGUGUUUACAUCGUUUACAUCGUAAAAAAUUCAUGUCACAGAAACUAAAUGCAUGUGUGAUUCAAAAAGACAUGUCAAACAUGAUAUCGUCGCGCGGUGAAUAUUUACUGUGUUUAUCGCGACAAAUUUGAAAUAGUUGUUUACGAAACUUAAGUGGCAGUUUGUUAAAUGAAAUGAUGAUGGAACGAAUGGACGAGUCCAUGCCGUUCCCUUUGAAGCGAGAACAAAAGGAACUUGACAUGGGAGAUGCCGACGACGAUAACACAAGUCUCGAGGAUAUUAAUAAUCUUCUAUCAAUCUCGAUACCGUCGCUCUCAACAAAUAAAUUUCAUAUUCCCACCGAUCCGAAUGACGAGUUCCUUCGGCUAACUACAACGGUUCGUGCUGUGUAUUUCUCUUACCUUCACAAAUGUUUACUUACCAAUUACAUUCUUUGCUAUAAAGAACAAAAUGAAGAGAUUCCAUGGGAUGAGUUAAAAAGCUGUGCCAAUCACAUGGAACUACUUGCAGUUCGAUCGUCCUUAGAAACUACACUGUAUAGGCAGAAUAUGUUGAAAUUAAUUUCAGAUAUAAAGUCGCACACGUUAGUAAAAAAAGCCCAUAAGAACUUGGUAAUAUUUUUAGAAACGCCGCCGCGUAAGGUAGACGUUGCGGUUCAGACAGUUAAUUCAUGGGCCGAGUUAGAAAAAGCAGAUAACGUUCACAGUGUGUCUACCACGUCUAAUUUUGACGAAUCGUUCUUCACGAAGGAGACACCGGAGCAGAAAGAAGAAAAUGAGCUAAACAAUGAAAAUGAGGAUUACACUAUGUUUUCUCAGUUAACUGUUCGCAAUGAUACUGCUUCGCCGACCAUCAAUUCAACUAAUAUCAAUGAUACAGAAAUUAAUAAAUUCAAGAAUGAAUCGGACGAGGAAAAAGAUAAUAAAAUGUUGGUCGACGACGAAAACGCAAUGAAAGAAGAUGGCAACACGCAAGAUAAUUCUAAUAUGCAAAUCGCAAAUCAAUCUAUUGUUCAAAAUGAUGAUGAGAAUUCGCAAGAUUCACUUUUGCAACAUAUGGAGGAUAUGUUUUGCGAGAGUGACGAUAGCAGCGAUCUCAUGACGUUAAUCGAGAAACACUCUGGUGUCACCAAAGCUACUGUGGACAAAGAGAUAAAUUCUCUUCUUCCACAAAAUCCAAACGACAUCUGCAACGUUCCUGGAAAUAAUAGCAAUACAAAGGUAAAUUCUGUCAAGUUGAAUAACGCAAACAUGUCGAACCCGAGUGCAGGAAGGUACAGCUUCAGUUACUAUAAAGAAAUGAAAAACAGGGAAGCUAAUAAAUCGUUGCCUGUCAGCGAAAUGGCAGAACGGCAGAGGCGUAGAUCAAAUAGUAUUUGGUUCGUUGAACGCGUGUAUCAAAUAGCGAAGUUAAAAGCAAAAAUGACGGAACUGUCUUUGACGGAUUAUAGAAGGCACGAAAGAGUUCGAGAAAAGUUCCUUGAGUUGUUCGGCGAGACUGAUGACGAGGAAAUGAUGCCAGACUCGCCAAUUUGCAUAGAAGAACAUUUAACAGCAUGCAAAGAAAGAAUUGCGCCAUGGAUCGUACAUUACUUGAUGCCGUUCUACAAAAAGCGAAGAAUUAAAGAUAAGCAACUGUUCAAAAUAGUAGCAAAGCAUAUAGCUGACAUGCUUAUUAUUAAAGACACAUUUCCUGAACAGGAGUGUGUGAGCAAAUAUAUAGAGACGUACUUCAAAAACAAGAAAUUCAUUAGAACAAAGCAAGAUGUAUACUUAUAAGUAGUUCAAGCCUGAAUACAUGAAAUCGGCCUGUUGAUGCAGUAUUCUUUUAAAUCUAAUUUCAAUCUUGUUAAGCCGAAUUAUAUUAAUUUAUUUUUUAAAAUAAUAAGUAUAAUUACUACACAAGUAUGUAUUAAAUGAGUACAGUUGAAGUAAGUUGAAAAUAAGUUCACGACAUUAUAAUUCUUUUUGUUUUUUAUUUUAUAAAAUAAUAUACUUACAUCUAACGACGUUGUUCGCCUUAAUAAAUUCCGCGUGGUUUUUUUUUUACUAAAGUGAAACAUGCAUUGAGAUUUUAUCCAUUUAGACAUCAAAGCUUUAAAUUACAGUCUUAAUUUAAUUCUAAUUACUUAUAUUGAUGUACAAUAUUUCCAUCUGUAUGCAAAUCUUACGUGUAAAUUGUUACACGUAAAUGUAUGUACAAUAGAUUAAUCUAAACGUAUUUGAUGAAAAUUCUGCAAAUACAACUAUAACUUAAAUGAGAAAA